AUGCGCUCCAACAUCCUCGCACUCGCCGCCGCGCCCCUGAUCCUGUUGGCUCAGGCAAACGGGCGCGACAUGGGACCGACGAACAAGGCGCCCGCCAACGUCGACCCCAGCUUCAACGGCAACACCAUCGACGUCGAUCCCAGCGUCGCCCAAAACGGCCCCGGCGGCGUCCCCCCCCCCACGGCGGUCGAUGAGGUCGACGCCAUCGAUGGCAACCAAAUCAACUCCGUCCCCGCCCCCGGUGGCCCCGGCGUCGCUCCUCCCGCCGGCGGCCCGGGCGAUGACACCAACGGCCAGCACAUCCAACACGCUGGCCCCCCCGGCGGCCCCGUCCCCGUGCCUCCUCCCGCCGGCGGCCAGGUUGAUGCCACCCAUGGACAGCAGAACCCCCCCGCCGCUUGCAAGGCCAGCUGCGGCGCCAUCGCCGAGACCAUCCAGGGCUGCAUGAACAGCAUCCAGGCGAAUUCGCGCCAGGGCGCCCCGAGCCAGGUGGACGAGAGCCAACUGGAGGACUUGACGCACAAGGCGAUGCAGUGCAUCUGCAGCAAUCCGGCCGCCGACCUGACCAAGUCCUUUACCCCCUGCGUCGAGUGCCUUCGCACCAACACGCCCGGCGCAGAGGCCGAGUCUAUCGACCAAGUCAUCCAGACUUUCCAGGCCCAGUGCCAAGCUCACAGCGGCUCGACCCAAGCCCCGCGGCCGGGCGAGAGCCAGGUCGUGCCGCCGCCGCCGGCUUCCACAAACACGCCGUACCCCGGAGAGUCUCCUGCCGAGAAGUACCCUGCCGACAGCUACCCCCCCGAGACUGGCGUCCACGGCGUCAACUCGACCCUCCGCGGCAACUCGACUGGCGUCACCGUCUCGCAAGCCGUCGGACGUCUCCCCGCCGCCGACGCUCUCCUGUACGCCGUCGGCCUCAUCGCCACGGCAUUUUUCAUGCUCUAA